UUGAUCCGGGCACCUGCGUUGCGAAUGAAAACAACAUGAUUUCUUCAAGAUUUUAAAAAAUAUAUUGAUCUGUUUCACAUCAAAUCCACCAAAUUUCGACAAUGGCAGCGUCUAUGAAAGGGCUUGAUCCAAGCCUCAAAAAGUAUUUGAGAUCAAACAAACUGCCAGAUGUCUACGAGGCGUUGAUUACAGGACUUGCUGUGAUGUGUCCAGACGAUCCACACCAGUUUAUCAUUGACAACCUAAAAUACCUCAUUGAAUAUGGAACAGAUGAAUUAGAAUGGGACCUGUUUGUGGCAGAGUUUAUGAAGCCUGUGAACAGAAUUGUGUCAGAGAGUAACUUAGAGUUUAUCUUCAACCUUGAUGAUGAGAGCAUGCUGAUGCUCAGUGAAAAAUAUGAGAAUAUUGUGACAGCAAUGCCGACCCCCGAAAUGUACGAGAAGGCUUACCAACAUUAUAACACAAAAUCCAAAAAGCUAUGCUUUUGUGCUUGGAUGCAGUAUUACUUGAUAAAGAAAAAGAAGAGAUUAGAUCUCGAGAAGAAAAUGACACGAGCGGCGACAUUCCAUUCUCACAGAAUGAUGAAAAUGCAUCUAGAGGAAUGGAUGGAAUGGGUGAAAUACAGAAAGGGGAGACAAGCAAUGGCCUUUCAGAAAAUCCAACAUGUGCUGAACGUUUCUAUUGGUCGAGUGAUAUUUGAGGCGUGGCAUACACACACCCUUGAUGCUCGAAGACAGAGAGAAUACUUCGAGAUCAACUUGCGGCGUUUAGAACGAGGCGAGAAUAUGGAGGAUGAAGAUUCAUUUGGUCAAGGUACAGGAGAGGCAAGGGAUAGUUUAUCAACGCUGCCGAGGAAAAUUGCUAUACAGCACCACACCUAUGUAGAGUUUCCAGCGGAACAGUAUAGCUUAGCUUUGACAAUGAUAUUUAAAUACGUAGAUGUUGCCGACUUGGCUAGAUGCGCCUGUGUUUGUCGAUCUUGGAAGGUUAUUACCCAAGCUAACACUCUGUGGAAUAGGCUGGACUUUUACCAAGUAAGGAACAGGCUUUUAGACGGGUAUGCACAGAAGUUGAAUAAAAAUUUUGAGUUGAGUGAUGGAGCGGGGAUAAAACCGCGUGUGAUUUUUAACCCGCCUGAAAUGGAACAUAUUCAUCGGGUAACAGAUAAAGUAGUGACAAAAUUAUUAUAUAAAUGUCGGCCGUACUUGAUUCACCUAAACAUGAGGAGUUGCCAAUUUGUGUCGGAACCAUCGUUCACCAGUAUCAGCGAGUGCAGUAACCUGCAGGACCUCAACUUCUCAGAAUGUGUUGGACUCAAUGAUGAAAUGCUGAAAUUGGUUGCCAAAGGAUGUAAGAUACUUCUAUACUUAAAUGUGUCACAUACCAACAUCACUGAUGCCUCCCUUAGAACUAUUGCAAAAUACUGCAGCAACCUACAGUACCUGUCUCUAGCACACUGUAAGAAGUUCACAGACCGAGGUCUUCUUUAUCUGUCAUCUGGAAAGAACAGCAAGAAACUAGACUACCUUGAUGUCUCUGGAUGUUUACAGAUCACACCAGAUGGUUUCAAGAAUUUAUCGCAGGGUUGUACAAAUCUACAGACGUUGUUGCUGAAUGAUUUUCCGACCCUCAGUGACGAUUGCCUCACCCCAGUUGCCAACAGACUAACCAGAAUUCACACAAUGUCCUUCCUUGGUUCCCCUCUCAUCUCAGAUGAAACUUUCAAAAGAAUUGCUGGGAACAAGAGUCUGAAGAAAAUCAAAAUUGAAGGAAAUCACAGAAUAUCGGAUGUGAGCCUGCGUGCUAUUGGAAUGCAUUGUGCAAACUUGGAACAUUUAUACAUCGCUGACUGCCAAAGACUGACAGACCUAGCACUGAAAUCUCUGUCAACAUGUAGAUUUUUGACUGUUGCAAAUUUUGCUGACUGUGUCAGAAUAACUGAUAAGGGAGUGAGACAGUUGGUAGAUGGACCAUGUGGACCUAAACUACGAGAACUCAAUCUUACAAACUGUAUACGAGUUGGAGAUAUGGCCAUGGUUAACAUUCAUAAACGUUGCCACAACUUGACAUACCUGAGUGUGUGUUUCUGCGAACACAUCAGUGAGGCAGGUAUCGAGCUGCUAGGUCAGACCCACAGUCUUACGUCAAUAGAUAUAUCUGGUUGUAACUGUGGGGAUGGCGGUCUCUCAUCGUUAGGCAACAACAGUCGACUCCGUGAUGUCACGCUCUCGGAAUGUGCCAACAUAACUGAUCUUGGUCUACAGAAGUUUGCUCAGCAGUGUAAAAAUAUUGAAAGGCUGGAUCUCUCACACUGCAUGCAAAUCACAGAUGGUGCAAUAAAGAACCUGGCAUUUUGCUGUAGAAUGCUUAAUGUCCUCAAUCUAGCUGGCUGUAAACUGGUGACAGAUCUAAGUAUACAAUACUUGUCAGGGGUGUGCCACUACCUGUUUCAGCUAGACGUUAGUGGCUGUUUACUUAUAACGGACAAAGCUUUGAAGUAUCUACGGAAAGGGUGUAAGAAGUUAAAGAUGUUGACCUUAAUGUACUGCAAAGGUGUAUCAAAGAACUCUGCACAGAAGAUGAUGCGACAUGUGGAAUGUGUACAAUACAGUAAUGAUGAAGUUCCUUCAUACUUUGGCUACUAGAGAAACACUUCAUUCUAGUCAAAUCUAGACAAUUACACUAUAUUUUUGGUGAUAAUUGUAACAAUGUAUUGAUAAAAUUGCUAUUACUUUAGUAAAACAUGUACACAUUACAUUAGCAUUCCUCUGUUAUCAUUUGUUGCAAUUACUUUAACGAUGGAAGCAUUACAACUGAUUACCAUUACAAUUACCUGAGUGCUGGAGGCAUUACAGCUGAUUACAAUUAGUUGAGUGCUGGAGGCAUUAUAGCUGAUAACAAUUAGUUGAGUGCUGGAGGCAUUACAGCUGAUUUCAAUUACUUGAGUGCUGGAGGCAUUACAGCUGAUUUCAAUUACUUGAGUGCUGGAGGCAUUACAGCUGAUUUCAAUUAAUUGAGUGCUGGAGACAUUACAGCUGAUUAUAAUUACUUUAGUGUUGGAGACAUUACACCUGAUAACACUUACUUUGAUGAUGGAAGCAUUACAGCUGAUGAGAACUAUGUUAGUGAUUGAAGCAUCACAGCUGAUUGCAAUUACUUUAAUAGUAGAAGCAUUACAGCUAAUUACAAUUAUAUAGAUUAUGGAUGCAUAAAAGUUUAUUACAAUUACCUUAAUAAUGUAUACAUUACAGCUGAUAACAAUUACUUUAAUGGUCAAAGAAAUUCAGCUGAUUACAAAUACGUUACUAAUUGAGGCAUAACACUGAUUAUAAUUACUUUAAGGAAGCAUAACAGCUGGUUACAAUUACUUUAAUUUUGGAAGCAUUACAGCUGAACACAAUUAUGUUUAUGUUAAAAUAACAGAAAUUUGGCUGUUACUAAAAUCAUUCUUAAUAAAUAAAAUACUUGUCAGAAGCAGUGAUCUUUAUGGUGAGUCAUACUCCUGACACUUUUUCUUUUUUUUAGCUCAUCUGAUUUUUUGAAAAAAAAUGAUGAGUUAUUGUCAUCACUUGAGCGGUUGUCGGCGUCGGCGUCGGCGUUGCCUGGUUAAGUUUUAUGUUUAGGUCAGCUUUUCUCCUAAACUAUCAAAGCUAUUGCUUUGAAACUUGGAAUACUUGUUCACCAUCAUAAGCUGACCCUGUAUAGCAAGAAACAUAACUCCAUCUUGCUUUUUGCAAGAUUUAUGGCCCCUUUUGUACUUAGAAAAUAUCAGAUUUCUUGGUUAAGCUUUAUGUUUAGGUCAACUUUUCUCCUAAACUAUCAAAGCUUUUGCUUUGAAACUUGGAAUACUUGUUCACCAUCAUAAGCAGACCCUGUACAUCAAGAAACAUAACUCCAUCUUGCUUUUUGCAAGAAUUAUUGCCCCUUUUGGACUUAGAAAAUCAGUUUUCUUGGUUAAGUUUUAUGUUUAGGUCAGCUUUUAUCCUAAACUAUCAAAGCUAUUCCUUUAAAACUUGCAACACUUGUUCACCAUCAUAAGCUGACCCUGUACAGCAAGAAACAUAACUCCAUCCUGCUUUUUGCAAGAUUUAUGGCCCCUUUUGGACUUAGAAAAUAUCAGAUUUCUUGGUUAAGUUUUAUGUUUAGGUCAACUUUUUCUCUUAAACUAUCAAAGCUAUUCCUUUAAAACUUGCAACACUUGUUCACCAUCAUAAGCUGACCCUGUACAGCAAGAAACAUAACUCCAUCCUGCUUUUUGCAAGAUUUAUGGCCCCUUUUGGACUUAGAAAAUAUCAGAUUUCUUGGUUAAGUUUUAUGUUUAGGUCAACUUUUUCUCUUAAACUAUCAAAGCUAUUGCUUUAAAACUUGCAACUCUUGUUCACCAUCAUAAGCUGACCCUGUGCAGCAAGCAACAUAACUCCAUCCUGCUUUUUGCAAUAAUUAUUGCCCCUUUUGGACUUAGAAAAAUCAUUUUCUUGGUUGAAUAUUAUGUUUAAGUCAACUUUUCUCAUAAACUAUCAAAGCUAUUGCUUUAAAACUUGCAACAGUUUUUCACCAUCAUAAGUGGACACUGUACAUCAAGAAACAUAACUCUAUCCUACUUUUUGCAAGAGUGAUGGCCCUUUUUAGACUUAGAAAAUCAUGGGUAGGACAAUAUUUCUAUUAUACAAAAAAAAUCAGAUGAGCGUCAGCACCCGCAAGGCGGUGCUCUUGUUUUUAAUUUGUGUUAGUCUGACAUUUUUCAGGCGGCUACAUUAAUCUGGAGGCAAGUCCUUUUAAAAAGUGAGGUACCAACAAUUUUACACUUUGGUAGUUCUUGAAGAUUUGCUUAAGGAUGAGACUUCAUCUUAAAUAAUAUUUUUUGAGAGAGAUUAUUGAAGGGAAAGCUAUAUAAGGUAGUGGAACUGUAAUGACUGUCAUCCGUUUCUGUUAGGUUACAUAAUAUUUUAGUUCGAGAACUGGGCAUUCUUUGCAUGUAAAUACAGCAUGGCUUUCUGUAAAUACUGGAGAAUUCUGAAAUAGCAUAUGGAGAAAAAAUGUAAUUUGCUGAUUGUCCUUACUUAAUACAGUACCUUAAUGACAGUAUUCAGUUUGGUUAAAGAGCCCUUAUGGACACACAUAUCAAAGGUAUAAAAAACUGAUAUUUCAACAAAACAUUCUAAGAAGUCCAUUGCUAGAUAUUCAGAAAUAGACAAAAAAGUUACAUUUAAAUUUAAUUAGUUUUAGUUCAGUUUUUCACGACUUGCAUUUCUACUUGAAAUGACAGAAUUAAUCAUAUCAUUUUCAGACACUAUUUAUAUUUUUAAUGGUAUGUUUUCAUUGAAGGUAUUUCGUAUGGUUAUAUGAUUUGUGUUUUGUUUUAUUCAAUUUAUUUAUGACUUUCAAAUAUAUAUUUAUAACAUGUAUUUAUACUGCUGUUCAAAGACUGUGAUAUGUGCAAAUGGACAUAUGCUACCAUGUUGUGCUAUUUACAUUGAAUAUUUUGUGGAAAAAAAAUGUAAAAAAAUAAAAAGGUCAAAAAUAAAUAUAAAUUUUU